AUGUUUGGUGCCAACGCUGUUUUGAAGAGAAAAUUCUCGACUCAACGAGUUGCCAGAGAUGCUGUCAAGAAAUAUAACAAAUAUUCGUCCAUUAUCACAACACCAAAGUCCCAAGGGGCCUCGCAAGCCAUGUUGUACGCCACUGGUUUCAAAGAAGACGAUUUCAAGAAACCUCAAAUCGGGGUUGGUUCCGUAUGGUGGUCCGGGAACCCUUGUAACAUGCACUUGAUGGAAUUCAACAAACUUUGUUCAGACUCCGUCGAAAAGGCCAACCUCAAGGCCAUGAGAUUCAACUCCAUCGGGGUUUCUGACGGGAUCAGCAUGGGUACCGAUGGGAUGAGAUACUCUUUGCAAUCAAGAGAAAUUAUUGCCGACAGUUUUGAAACUAUCACGAUGGCCCAACAUUACGAUGCUAACAUUGGGAUCCCAAGUUGUGACAAAAACAUGCCGGGGGUUUUGAUUGCCAUGGCCAGACACAACAGACCUUCCAUUAUGGUAUACGGUGGUACCAUCUUACCAGGUGUGGGGAGCUGUGGUCAAUUCAACAAUGAAAAAAUCGAGUUAGUGGCUGCUUUCCAAUCAUACGGUCAAUACAUCUCGAAACAAAUCACCGAAGAAGAAAGAAAAGAUGUGGUUUCGCACGCUUGUCCUGGUGCUGGAUCUUGUGGGGGUAUGUACACCGCCAAUUCCAUGGCCAGUGCUGCCGAAGUCAUGGGGAUGACUUUACCAAACUCGUCAUCGUACCCUGCCGUCAGUAAGGAAAAAAGAUUAGAGUGUGAGAACAUUGGGGAAGCCAUCAAGAAAUUGAUCGAAAUGGACCUCAAGCCAAGAGACAUCAUGACCAGAGAAGCUUUCCUUAAUGCUAUCACUUAUAUUGUGGCCACUGGGGGUUCUACCAACGCUUGUUUGCACAUGGUUGCCAUGGCCCACGCUUGUGGUGUCAAAUUGACCCUUGAUGAUUUCCAAACUAUUUCUGAUAAGACUCCAUUGUUGGGUGACCUUAAACCAUCGGGUAAAUACGUGAUGGCCGAUUUGCAAAAGAUUGGGGGUACUCAAGCAGUUAUGAAGUUCUUGCUCAAUGAAGGUUUCCUUUAUGGUGAUUUGCCAACCGUCACCGGUAAGACUUUGAAAGAAAACGUUGCCGAAGCCGCGGAUUUCCCAAGUGGUCAAGACAUUAUCAGACCAGUUUCUCAACCAAUCAAGAGCACUGGUCAUUUACAAAUUCUUUAUGGUUCUUUGGCCCCAAGAGGUUCUGUGGGUAAGAUCACUGGUAAGGAAGGGACUUAUUUCAAAGGUAAGGCCAGAGUUUUUGAAGAAGAAGCAUCAUUCAUCAAGGCUUUGGAACUCGGAGAAAUUAAAAAGGGUGAAAAAACCGUGGUUAUCAUUAGAAACCAAGGUCCAAAGGGUGGACCAGGGAUGCCGGAAAUGUUGAAACCUUCUAGUGCCUUGAUGGGUUACGGUUUGGGUAAAGACUGUGCUCUCUUGACUGACGGUAGAUUCUCUGGUGGUUCUCACGGGUUCUUAAUUGGUCACAUUGUCCCAGAAGCUUACGAAGGUGGUCCAAUUGCCUUGGUUAGAGAUGGUGAUGAGAUUGUCAUUGAUGCCGACAACAACACAAUUGACUUGUUGGUUGACGAGUCUAUUGUUAAGGAAAGAAAAUCCAAGUGGGUUCAACCAAAGCCAAAAUACACUAGAGGCACUUUGGCUAAGUACAUCAAGUUAGUUUCUGACGCUUCUGAUGGUUGUGUCACUGAUGCUUAA